AUGUCGUCCAAUCAGAACAAUGUCUACGUCCUUGGGGUGGGGAUGUGUAAAUUCCUCAAGCCCCGUCUUACCCGAUUCUACACUGAGAUGGCCUUCGAAGCCGGUGUAAAGGCCAUGCUGGAUGCUGGGGUCACCUAUGACGAUGUUCAGGCUGGUAUUGGAUGCUUCUGUGUCGGAGACACCUGCCGUGCCCAGCGCUGCUUCUACCAGUUUGGAAUGACGGGUAUUCCCAUGUAUAACACCAACAACGCAUGCGCAACCGGCUCCACAGGCUUGAACAUGGCCCGCAACUUCGUGAAGGGCGGGAUCCAUGACUGCGUGCUGGUCAUUGGUUUUGAGCAGAUGCAACCGGGACCACUUGGUGGGAACGUGACGGGUGCGCCGAAAAUGCCAAAUUCGGGUGAUCUGAGGAUUAAGAUGCUGUCGGAGACCCACGGCUUGAAGCAGGCGCCUCCAAACCCCCAACAAUUCGGCAAUGCCGGAGUGGAGUACAUGGAGAAGUAUGGAGCCACAGCCAGGGAUUUCGCUGAGAUCGCAAGAGUAUCACAUGAGCACUCGUCCCGAAACCCGUACGCGCAGUUCCAGGACGUGUACACGCUCGAGCAGAUUGAGCAGUCACCGAUGAUCUACUACCCGAUCACCAAGCUGCAAUGCUCACCCACCUCCGACGGAGCUGGUGCCGCUGUUAUUGUUUCCCAAAAAUUCCUGGAUGCCCGGCCGGAAUUGAAGGCUCAUGCCGUCCUGAUGGCUGGCCAGUCCCUGGCAACCGACACUCCCGAGCACUACAAUCGCUCCGCGAUGUCUCUUGUCGGCUAUGACAUGACUGGCCGUGCUGCGAAGGCCGCGUUGAACGAAGCCAAGGUCUCUAUCGACGAUGUGAAGGUGGUUGAGUUGCACGACUGCUUCUCCACCAACGAAUUGAUCACUUUGGAAGGGCUAGGCCUCUGCGAGAAGGGUAAGGCCCACCACCUGGUCCGCAACGGAGACAUCACCUACGGAGGCCGAGUCGUCGUCAACCCCUCCGGUGGACUGAUCUCCAAGGGACACCCUCUCGGUGCCACCGGUCUUGCGCAGUGCGCCGAACUGACCUGGCAGUUGCGAGGAUGGGCCAACAACGGUCGUCUCGUCAAGGACAUCGACGUUGCGCUGCAACAUAACCUGGGCUUGGGCGGCUGCGUCGUCAUCACCGUCUACAAGCGUGCUGAUGGCAAGAAGAACACCGAUAUUCCGAUCGACGAGGCUACGAUCGCGAAACGCAGCGGUCUUGGUUACAACCCGGCGACGGCAGCCAGAUACAUCACCCGGGCUCAGGCUGAGACUGUGAUGAGCAAAAAGGCUCCUUGCGCAUUUGCUACCGACAACACUAUUGACCUGAUCGAGGCACGAUUGUAG